AUGACAUCGGUUAACAAAAGCCACCCAGAAGAAUUCAUUCUACUAGGCUUCACUGACUGUCCAUGGUUGGAACUUUCUCUCUUUAUUAUUCUUCUGAUCACAUACCCUAUGGCCAUGAUGGGAAACAUUGCCAUCAUCCUAGUGUCAAAGUUGGACCCUCAACUCCACAGCCCCAUGUAUUUCUUCCUCACUAACCUUUCCUUUUUGGACAUGUGUUAUACCACAAGCACUGUCCCUCAGAUGCUGGUGAACCUGGGAAGCUCCAAGAAGACAAUCAGCUAUUUGGGCUGUGUAGUUCAACUUUAUUUUUUCCACUUUAUGGGCAGCACAGAAUGUCUAGUGUUGGCUCUCAUGUCCUUGGAUCGUUAUAUGGCCAUCUGUAGACCUCUACACUACACCAUCACCAUGAAUCAGCGAAUUUGCACCCUACUAAUAUCCAUUAUAUGGAUCAGUGGAAUGACUUUUGCUGUCUCCGAGGUCACUAUCACAUUACAGUUGUCACUCUGUGGUCUCAAUAAGCUGGAUCAUUUGUUGUGUGAGAUUCCUGUUCUGAUAAAUAGUGCCUGUGGUGAAAAGAGUGCUAAUGAGCUUGCCCUUUCUGUGGUAUGUAUUUUUAUUGUAGCUGUUCCUCUCUGCUUAAUUCUUGCUUCCUAUGCUUGCACUGGACAAGCUGUGUUGAAAAUUAAGUCUUCUGAGGGAAGGAAAAAGGCUUUUGGGACAUGUUCAUCCCACCUUAUUGUUGUUCUCUUAUUUUUUGGCCCAGUCAUUAGUAUGUACCUUCAGAGCAACUCAUCUAUCACAAGGGACCAACCCAAGUUCAUGGCUCUCUUCUAUGGAGUGGUGACUCCUACACUCAAUCCCUUCAUCUACACCCUUAGGAAUAAGGAUGUGAAGGGGGCUUUAAGGAACCUGGUGAAGAGAAUUUUAAGUUCCGUCUCAAAGAUGAAUUAA